AUGGAAGGGUCCUCAAGUGCAAUUAUUUCAGAUGAUAUAAGUAUGUCAAGAUUAGGUAUACCAAAAUCCGGCAUGUCGGCAGAGGAACGAGCCUUUGGUCCCAAUAAGGCCGGUUUCCCUGUUACUGGCCCGCAGCGCAUCGAUUUCAGCAUUGAUUUGCUUUUAAGUGCUGUGGUUCUCGUGUUGUCAUCCGGGAUAAUGCUUACCCUGGGUGCGUACUCCGUUAUCCAGGUGCGACACGUGGUUCGCCACAACGGUGACGGUGCCAAAUGGAGAAUUCCGGUUGUUAUUUCAAGUUUAGUGGGAAUGGUGGUUGUCUACAAGUUGUGUCUAUGGUUUUGUCGCGAGAGAUUACAACGGUCAUUAGGUAAUUCACGGUACAGAGGGCUCGUUGGACGAGAAUCCUUUGAGAUGAUGGAUCAUACAGAGACUGCGAGAAACCUAUAA